AUGACACAGACACAGACUGUGACACCCCUCCCUUCGACCUCGCUGAAGAAAGCGUCCCAAGCUAAACGUGCAGUAAAACUUGCGCCACUACUGGGAGCCUUUCUCGACAGCCUCAUUCCUGCAGGGCAUAUUCGCUUGACGCUACGCGAUAGGAUUGGACUGAGUGGUGGUGAAUUUCUGCUCUUGUAUCCACGACAACGCCACAGCACCUUGCCAAUAUUUACAACAAUCUACGCCGUUUGCGAGCAACAGCUAGCCCGCAGAAGGACGGUCAAUCAUGCCGUCAGCAACGAGCGCUGCACUACCAUUCUCGCCUGCCGAGCUGUCCUGUCUAUAUACGUCUUUGGCUUCGAUACCGCCCAUCCGAUCAGAUUCUCGUUCUUCCACCGACUUCAGAGCCUAGAUGCGGAGACCGGCGUCCUACCGCUCACCAAUGGCAGCGCCCAUGUCAGCUUCAGUGAUGGAAGUGAGUCGAUCGUUGGUGUCAAGCUGGAGGUUGAGCGAAGCCCGCCUUCGGCGGUCCCGGGCUUCGAGGAGAGCGCCGUGAACAAUGCUAGUUCGUCGAAGUGGAUUUCCCUGUCACUGACACUGCCAUCCUCCCGCGACGACGACGCCUCACUCAUCUACUUGGAAGAGAUGCUUCGCGAGCCCCUCCUCCAUUCAGCGCUACCGGACAAAUUGAUCAUCAAUUCACGAUUUCACUGGCACAUCUACGUCGAUGUACUGCUCAUCUCGCCGCAUGGUCUACAGGCAUACCCGCUUCCGCUCCUGAGUCUGGCGACACACCUAGCGCUCAGAGAUACGAGGAUCCCAAGACUGAAGAGCGAAGGCGAAGAAGAUCCGGUGGCUGAUGAUGACUGGUUAGCCAGUCAAACCCUCUUCCCUCAAACAGAGCCAGCACGCCCACCAAUCACUCUACUGACCGCAGCCGUCAGUGACAAUAUUCUCUUCGACCCUAGUCACGAAGAAUUGAAGGUAGCAGACGCUAUCGUCGCGGUUAGCAUCGGUCAAUCCGACUUAUCAAAAAAACUGAAGAUUCUAUCCACGAGAAUGAUCGACAGUCCUGCUCGCGAUACAAUGAAAGGAAUCGCAAGGGAUGCCAGCAACGGAAAGCACGAUCAUGCAGCCUAUCAAGGUGUUUGGCAGCCGAAGCUGGGAGGUGUGAAAAGAAGCGUUCUCAAGAAUUUGGUGAAGCUAGUAUUGAGUGGUGGUGUCGCUCAAGAUAUCAUGCAGGGUCUUGAUGGCUUCGUUGGCCAUGACUCUCGAUCCUGA